CACCGCUGGACAAAAUGCGCACGUGCGUUGUUCCGCAAAUAGGCCUUUAUAAACAUAUGAAGAACAUUUAAUCUGAAAUCUAGAAAUUCGUGAAAUGAUCGUGAUUUGUUUUAGUUUUUUUUGUAAAAACAAGACAACCUCUUGUACGUCCACUUCAUCCCUAUAGGGGACAGUAAUGCGUCUUAGCCCAUUCGCCUCGACAGAGUGCCCAGCACAGAAGAAAACAUAAUGCAAAACAAAACAAAAAACUAAAAUGGGGUCGGACGAAGGACUCUUUAAAUGGAGUGAUGCAAACACGGCAGAUUUGAUCAUAUGGAGAAUCAGCAACAGCGGUCUGUUUACAGGAAGGAGAAAUGCAGCCAUCAAAGCUUUUGAGCUGUAUGUAAAAGAGAAAGAGCUGGAAGGGAAAGUGACACCUGCAUGGGUUAGAAAAAAGUGGGAGAAUCUGAAACAGAAGUACAAGGACCUCAAAAGUCUCAACAUGGUUGGGGGAGACACAGGAAUAACAACCUGGAAGUGGUACGCAAUCAUGGACAAUGCCCUCAGUAGCGAGAUCACCCUCAACUCCUUCGUUACACCUGUCCACAUGUCCUCGUCUGCCCAGGAUGCUCCGCCCACCAAGCAGAGGAAAGCAAAUGAUUGGGUGAUGGCCCUGCGUGAGAUGGACAGGCUGCACGAGGAACGGGAGAGGCGAGCGGCGGAGAGAGAGGACGAGAGAGACAGGCGGGCCGCAGCCAGAGAGGACGAGAGAGACCGACGCGCCGCAGAGAGAGAGGCGGAAAGAGACCGAAGGGCUGCGGAGAGAGAAGCAGAGCGAGAGAGACAAGCGCUGGAGAGGGAGGAGAGAAGGGAGAGAGAUAUGUUUGCGAGAGAGGAGCGCUGGGAGAAAGAAAUGCUGGCUAGAGAAGAGAGACAGGAAAGGGAGUAUCGAGAAGGAGAGGAGAGGAGAGAAAAAGAAGCUGCUGCUAGAGAAGAAAAACUCUUUAAGAUCCUCGAAACUUUUUUGUCUAAUAAGUAAAACAGUUACUGACAUUAACAUAUUUCAAGAAUUGCGUAUUUUGUACUAAUAAACUAUCGGAGUUCGUA